AUCAGUCAGAAGGUUUCUUCAGGAGCCGGUGAACCAUUAAGAAGAGAAAAAUAUCGAUCGGUUGCGAAAUGGCUGUGAGGUUCUUGUUAGUGCUUGUGCUCUGCGCCCUUUUAGCCAGGAUUGAGGCGUCCGAAUCAUGGGAUAACACCGGAAUGAAAAUAGCCCUCAAAGUGUACGACGAAUGUUCAAAAUCUGAUGGAUUCUCACCCUGUUUAAAAAAGAAAGCAAUUACCUUCUUCAGUAGAUUAGGUAGAAUGGAUAAGUUUUCGAUUACCGACGAAUUGGAAGUAGUGAAAACCGAUGCCAGUGCGGAACCUUCAUUAACAGAUGAAGACAUCGAAAAGAACUUACCCAGGGAUUUAAACGCUAAAGACGAAGCUUUGGAUUCCAUGCUUUACGAUAAAAUCACUUCUUUCGUUAGCUCUAGGACCUUAAGGUUUACAAUGCCUAAAUUUACUUCCGAUUUAUCAGAAGAAGGGAGAGGAAAGAAAAUGAAAGGAAUGAUGGGUUCCCUCAUGAUGGGAAUUGCAGGCAAAAUGGCUGCGUUAAUUCCAAUUGCAAUUGCUGGGCUUUUCUUGCUGGCAGGAAAAGCUUUAAUCACAGCGAAAAUCGCCCUUCUCUUAGCUGGAAUUAUUGCUAUCAAGAAAUUGAUUGCUGCCAAACAAGGAGGUGGUGGCGGUCAUGGUGGAUGGCAAAGCGGUGGUGGACACGGAGGAUGGAGCAGCGGUGGUGGUGGUGGUUGGGACAGAAGAUCUUUGGAAGCCCAACCUUUAGCGUACAAAGCAUACACCCCUCAAUAAUAAAAAGAAAAUUUCUUAAUCCGAUAAAAGUCCUUAAAAAACACCCCAAACAAAAAAUCCAUAAAUGUCCCACCAAAAAUUAACGAUUACUUUAUUACCUGUUUUAAUUAUUAAGUUAUAACUUUAUAGAAGAUUUUUAGUCACAUUAUUCCGUAAUAAUUACUUGUACAAACUGUGUUGUAUGCGAGAUAGGGCCGACGAUAUCGACCAGUUAUUUUGGUCAUCAAGCUGUAUAAAGGUGCCUUUAUUAGUACUUCCACGAACGCACUUCUUCACUCUUUUUUUUACAAAAACGCAAUCAUUCAAAUUUAUUAUUUAUUUAUUUAUAAUAAUUUAACUAAUGUAUAACGUAAGCGUGUAUCUCUCCAAUUUUCCAUACUUAAUUGAUUUUGUUAUGUUGUUUAUAUUGUUU